AGCUGAAAUUGUUAGUCUCUUCAGACAUCACUAACAAGCGCUCUGAUUCUGAUGUCAUUUUGAGCUUUGUCCUGCAAGCAAUUCUGUCACCAUCUGCUAGCAAUGAAGAGCCAAGACUAUGAUUAUGAAAAUGUGGCCGCUUGCCAAGAGGGGCACAGGGUGGCACCCCCCAGUGAAGAUGGCUAUGAAUGUGUGGAGCUGAGCAUCCAGAGAACGAAAGCAGGAAGUCACCCACCAGCUUCAAGCCCCCAAGUCAGGCUGGUUUGCUUUAUGCUGAUGGUUCUCCACACCAUAUUGCUGGGAGUCAUUCUCUUCUUCGUUGCCUUCCAUUAUUCCCACAGUAGGAGUGUCCUGCUGAGCAUGAAAGCAGAAGACCUGACUGGCCAGGUAGAGGAGAUUUGGCUUCUCAGGCAGAACCAAUUCUUCUACUUCUCUACUAAAGAAGGCAGCUGCAAGUUUGCUCAAGAGUUUUGUGCCAAAAGGAAUGCCAGCCUAGUCUCAGUGAGUGGUGCUAACAAGGACUUCCUAAUGUCCAAGGUAGCCUCCAAGAAUGUCUGGACCAUGAAGUCUUUAGGAACUGGAAAAUCUGAAGUCCUACAAGAACACUACUCAGGCUGGCCCAUGGAGAAUGAUUCAGAUGAUGAAGACGGGUCACCUCCAGCCUGCCGAUGUGACUUGUUUCCAAAUAAGCAUUUCCAAGCAGUUGAUGGCUGCGAAGAAAACAACUCCUGGAUUUGUGAAAAGAGACUAUAAAAUGAAUUUUCAGGGUCCUUGGCAUAAUAUAUUUCCUAGGAAGUUUAUUUUCAUGUUCUGUAUGGUGGGAUUUCGUUCUGUGAGUUAUAAAAAAAAAACUUAAUGCACUUUAAAUUAAAAAUUCCAUUUGUCAAGCUGCCUUAAUCCAGGGCACUGCAGGGUGGUGCGCCCAUGUGGGCAGUGACAGAAGCAAAAGUAAGAACCAACCCAGCAGGAUAUCCUUCACAGGAUAUUUUCAGGCACAGACCUACAGCCAGACCUCAGAUUAAGGCUGUGUUGGAGUUGGCACUUAACCAAGGCUGAACUUCUCUGGGAUGCUGUCAAGACUGGCAUUUAUUUAUGCAUAAUUUUUUUAUUUCCCAUGCCUGUUUUCAGAGUCACUAACAUGUAUACCAUUUACCUUUAUGUGUUCAGAUAUAUUAAUAAUGCUAUAUUAUUUUUGUGACCCCCCCCACAAUGCCAAUUUAGACUACAUGGACAUUGGCAUUUUCUGUGGGUUUGUUUAUAGAUUGGUAUAAAGUGACGCCUGGGUGUGCACUCUGUGUGAUGCCACAAAUAAUUACAUAUAAAAGAUGGGGACUGUGACCUUGGCAUCACCUGAGUUUGCAGAUAACCUAACAAAACAUUUCAGCAUUUCACACACAAAGCCUCAUCUUGUGUCUUUUUCUUCAGUUAAGUCUUUGCUGUUUUUGACCUCAUCCUUUGGUUUGGUUCAGGAUUUUAAAAUUCUUGCUAAUGAUCUAAUAAUAAUAAUAAUAAUAAUAGAUUUUAUUUAUAACGCGCUUUUCAUGGACAAAAUCUCAAAGUGC